UCGUCAUCUUGUCGUGGUGACGUCACUUCCGCCGGGUCCUUGCGCGCUGAAAAUGGCGACGUCCCUAGGCUCAAACACAUACAACAGACAAAAUUGGGAAGAUUCGGACUUCCCUAUUCUCUGUCAAACAUGUUUGGGGGAAAAUCCAUACAUUCGUAUGACUAAGGAAAAGUAUGGUAAAGAAUGUAAGAUCUGUGCGCGUCCCUUCACUGUUUUCCGCUGGUGUCCUGGUGUGCGGAUGCGCUUUAAGAAGACCGAAGUCUGUCAGACCUGCAGUAAGAUGAAGAACGUGUGCCAGACCUGUCUGUUGGACCUGGAGUACGGUCUUCCUAUUCAGGUCAGAGACACAAGUCUGUCCAUUAAAGACGACAUGCCAAGAUCUGAUGUGAACAAGGAAUAUUACACUCAGAAUAUGGAGAGAGAGAUCCAGAAUUCUGACGGUACGAGACCAGUGGGGAUGCUGGGUAAAGCUCAGAGCUCCAGUGACAUGCUGCUCAAACUGGCCCGCACAGCACCGUACUACACACGCAACAGACCUCACAUCUGCUCGUUCUGGGUGAAGGGAGAGUGCAAGAGAGGCGAGGAGUGUCCAUACAGGCAUGAGAAGCCCACAGAUCCAGACGAUCCUCUGGCCGAUCAGAACAUUAAAGAUCGUUAUUACGGCAUCAACGACCCGGUGGCCAAUAAACUCCUGAAGAGAGGGACCACCAUGCCUCAUCUGGACUUGCCCGAGGACAAGGCCAUCACGACGUUAUACAUAGGAGGUCUGGGAGAAGACAUCACAGAUUCUGACCUCAGGAAUCACUUCUAUCAGUUCGGUGAGAUUCGCAGCAUCACGCUGGUUCAGAGGCAGCAGUGCGCGUUCAUUCAGUUUGCCACGCGACAGGGGGCGGAGCUCGCCGCUGAGAAAUCCUUCAACAAGCUCAUCAUCAACGGCCGCAGGCUGGUGGUGAAGUGGGGUCGCUCUCAGGCUGCUAAAGGCACAGAUGUCAGGGAGGGGUACAGUGAGAUGGGCACCAAACUGGAACCUGUACCAGGUCUGCCAGCAGCUCUGCAGCCACCUACAGCUCUGGAGCAUGAAGCCCCCGCCAAUUACUUCAAUCUGGACCCCAGCAGAUCUCCAGCAGUAAUGCACCUCAGUCUUCCACCUCCUCCUGGACUCCCCAACCCGCCACCACCAGGUUUUGGACCGCCCAUGUUCCACCCCAUGGGUCCUCCUCCCCCUCCUCCUAUGGGCUUGAGACCACCCGGUCACAUUCAUUACCCCUCACAGGAUCCUCAUCGCAUGGGUGCGCAUGCUUCUAUCCGCCACAGCGAUUAAUCAACUCCAUCUACUCUGACAUCAUCAGCUGCUGUGUGCAAGGGGUCGUGGUAUAGCUUUCUCUUGCUUGUGAAGAUAAAUGGGCUGUGAUGUCAUUAGAGAGUGGAGUCUGAUGCUGUGAUAUCAUAAAGCAUCCUGGUGAUUGGCUGGAGGAUUGACGGUCCUGCCUGUUAGCUGCACACGCUGUUGGACAUGUUUGGUGGUUUAAUUGGGUACUUUUCCAUGGUUUUGUAUGCUACAUCAAUGCUUCCUAUCAACGAUACAGCAGGUGACCUCACACAUCACUUCCUAACAACAAUAAACGCCCUUAUUCUUCAUCUGACUCUAGACGCACAGCAGACAGUCACAAGCUGGAAAUUGCAGUGGCGACUUAUGACAUCAUCUUGCCAGAUCUGUGAGUGUGGGUCUUUGAUGUAAAGACACAGCUCUCGAUGACUAAAAUGUUGAUUAGACGCAUGUAUAUAUCACACACAUUUCAGUCUUAUCACUGAGGAAUAA